AUGAAAAGAAAACGGCUUGUAAUCACGGGGCUUGGUGCAGUGUGUCCCUCUGGAAACUCUGUGCCAGAACUAUGGAACUCUCUUAGCAAUGGAAGAAGUGGUAUAGAUACAUUACCUGAACCCCUGCUUUCAGAACUAAGCGACAACCCUACCAAAUAUGGGGGGGUAGUGAAAAACCUUCAACCUGAAACAUUCCUAGAAAAAAAACUCUUGCGAAAAAUGGACAAGCUAUCUAUCUAUACCACAAAGGCAGCUAUUGAAUGCGUGGAAUCCAGCUGUAUGAAACUCAAUCAAUCUAAAAGAUACAGAUGCGGUUGCGUUAUGGGUGUUGGUAUUGGUGGGAUGGAAAGCUACAACAACGGAGUAAUUGCGUACAAAGACAGGGGGUGGAAAAGCAUCCCUGUUAUGACCAUAUCGAAAAUUAUACCAAAUUCCACGAAUUCUAAUAUCGCAUUACAUUUUCCUUACUUAAAUGGCAUUAACUACUCUGUAAACACAGCUUGUUCCUCUAGCUCAGAUGCAAUAGCAGCAGCUGCACGGCAUAUAUUACUAGAUGAGGCAGAUUUUAUGUUAGCAGGAGGUGCAGAAACAUCGCUUACUGGCUUUGGUGUCUCUAGUUUUAAUGUACUCCAUGCCUUAAGCACAAAAUGGAGCCACGAUCCCACGAAGGCUUCACGUCCCUUUGACAAAGAUAGAGACGGCUUUGUCAUGUCGGAAGGAGCUGCGGUUAUAGCAUUGGAAUCACUAGAACAUGCAGAACAAAGAAACGCCCCCAUACUUGCUGAGCUCGUUGGUUUUGCAAACACAAACGACGGAUACCACUACACAGCCCCCGAUCCUGAUGCACAUGGAAUAGUACGUGCUAUGCAUUGCGCGCUCGAGCAAGCUGCAAUAGACCCGUCUGCCAUCGAUUACAUAAACGCACACGGCACUUCAACACCCACAAACGACCCCCUUGAAACACAGGCAAUCAAAAAAGUAUUUAAGGAAUAUGCUUAUACAGUAAAGAUAAGCUCUACUAAAUCUAUGACAGGGCACUGUGUAGGUGCAACAGGGGCUAUUGAAGCAAUAGCGUGCAUUAAAGCAAUAGAAAAGCAAUUCCUCCCCCCUACUAUCAAUUUAGAUACUCCAGAUACAGACUGCGACUUGGACUACAUUCCACAUAAAGGUAUAGCACACAAGGUGGAAUACGCCAUGUCUAAUACUUUAGGGUUUGGAGGACAUAAUAGUGUGCUUAUCUUUAAGAGCUACCAGCAGUAG